GAGUUAUCUGUUUAAAGAGAAAAGGCGUUUAUAUUAUAAAAGCUGAAGUCAUAGUGUUUGGGUAUUUUCUUUGUGAAAAUUUUCUCUCACUUAGAACAUUUGCUGCAAGUGAAACAGCCAGAUCUCCAUCAUUGACUCUGGUCUUAGUUGAUUUUAGCAGGAUUUCUUUAUUGGAUGGGGUCGAGGGGAAAUGAGAUUUUGCAAGUUAAACUGCAAAACUCAACAUAUGGCAUUCGAUAGACUGAAGUUUGGGAAACAAAUGUAAAGGCAGAUUUUUAGUAGAAAGUUUAGUUGAGGGAGAAAGAGGUUGAUAAUUUUAUUAAAGAUUGAACAGGCAGGGCAUGGAUAGUGGCACACCACCAGGAAGACAAGAGUCUCAUACUCGGAGCUCAUGGAUUCCAGCAACACCUUGCAAGCCCAUUCAGCCAAAACCACAGGCCGGUUAUCUAAACGGCCAAGCAAAUCAGCUGGGGCAAGAAAACUGGUUCGGAUCAGCUUGCUAUACUUCUGGUUGUAGUCAGGUACCUCAAGCCUAUAAGGAUGGUGCAAAUAUUAAUAAUUGUGCGCAUAACUGGAGCACAACUUCAACUGCAGAAAUGUUGAGCACAGGUGACAAGGUCGAAGCAUGCCACAAGUUUCCCUUGGGUCCUAUAGAUGGAUGGAAAAACGUGCCUUGUACAGAUCUUUUAGCUCUUGCAAAUGCAGCAUCGGUGUUUAGCAGCUUGACAGUGGGGGACAGUGGCAAUUCUAAUCGAGAAAUGUCAGAAUAUGAACAGCAUUCUUAUAAUCCAAAUUUCUGUAUUGGAACAAUGCCAAACGCAGUCUCUCAAAGGGCAGUCUCUGAGUAUGCUCCCAUUACACCAGACAAAGUCAUGAGAGCAAAGAGCAACCAGGUUUCUCAAUUGCAAAUCUCACCUAUAGAUGACAGAACAAACCCAGAAAGCAAAGCACAGAAUAAUGAAUUUGCUGCCAAAAGGGAACCCAACAGUAUCUGGUGCAAUAGAGAAUUAUUCCAGCCUCAUACAGAUACAUCAGUUGCAGCUGCUUCCACACAGUUACAGGUGAAUCACAACCCUGACAAGCAAGAAAGUCAUGCUGUUGAUGUGAACAAAACACCCCAGCCUAAACCAAGGAGGAAAAAGCACAGGCCGAAGGUGGUCAUAGAAGACAAAUUCAAAACUCCAAAAUCAGCAAUCACACAGCCUGCUGGUUCUGGUAAGCGGAAGUAUGAGCGAAAGAAGGGACUCAACAAAGACUCAACAUGUUCCCCAGAAUGGCCAGUUGGUGAAUUUGUUGAUCCAAAAACACUAGAGCCAUCCAAGGAAUCAUGCAGAAAGACCUUAAACUUUGACAAGCAAGGGCAAAAUAGAGAGGAAAACUCUACAUGCAAGUCCUCUGAUUUAGUUUCAGAAUCGGGGGCAAAGGACUUCCAUGAAAGAGGAAUUCAAUCAAAUUCAUCCUUACAGCUUAAUGAAGGCUUUGAAUUAAUGACUCUAGAGCCGGUGACCCCAAUGCCUGCCAGAUCUAAAACAAAUCCAAAAGGUAAGAGGAAGUAUGUGAGGAGACAAGGACUUAACAAACAUUCAACUUCUUCCCCAGGUGAAGCAGUAGCAGGAGACUGCAACAAUCCAAAACCACCUGAACCUACCAAUGAAUCAUGUAGAAUUUCUGAUGCAGGACAGCCUAAAGAUGAAUACUUCCAGUCAAGAUAUUUAGAUUCAGUUUCAGAAUCACAUGGAAAUGAAUUGAGCAAAUCAGAAUUGAUUGUGGACUUCAGCAAAUGGAUUGAAGCGAUGACUCCAAUGCCAGCUGAUUCAAAGAGAAAACCGACUGUUAAGAGAAAGUAUGAGAGAAAGCAGUGUCUCAACAAAGACUCAACUGUUUCCCCAACUGAAGUAUCUGUAGAAUACAGUGACCUGAGAAUACUUGAACCUACUAAGAAGUCAUGUAGAAGGACCUUAAAUUUUGACAUAGAAGCACAAAAUAGAGAUGAAAAGUCUACUUGUGGGUCGAGUUUCGCUUUAGAUACAGAAUCACAGCCAAAUGAAGAAAUUGAAUUGACAAUAGAAAAUACACAAGCAGGCAUUGCCUAUGAUCUCAGCUGUUCAGUGAAUCAAAAGCUAAAAGAUUACAUGUCAUUGCCUGCAGGACAGAAACCAACAGUGCCUCUUCCCACUGAGACUAAUGCCCAACAACAAAAAAAGAAUCAUAGUUUCAGAAAAGAUGAUAGUACAGGAUGCACAGGUCAGGGGGCUGUGAAUAUUGAGCAGGAAGCUACUACACAAAUGAUGUUGCAAACAGAGACUCAACAAUCACCAGGAAUCACAAAUGAAUCCAAAUGCAGCAACUGCACAAUCUUCAUUGAACCAGGACAGGCAUGGGGAUUAAAGAGAAAGUAUACCAGUGCCGUUGAGCAGGCAGAAGCCAACAAUUCAAAUCUGAUUGGAAUCCACUAUAAUACUUUACAAGCAUAUCAAAACCAUUGGAUUCCAAAUAUUCACAAGAAAAAGAGAACUGAGAAGGGGCAAAACUCUUCUACAUCUAGCGCAUCAUCCUCUGUGACCACUGCAACAGAUGUCAAAAUGGAAACAUGCUAUCAACAUGAUACCAAAGCAGCUUCUUCUGUAUCCAAAAUCAAUAACUCUAUUUCCACUCAAUGGAAUGCAAUUGGCAUUACAACACUACGAGAAGCAGGAAGCAAUCUUCAAGAUAAACAGAAGACCAUUGAGGAUAUCCUAGCUUUAAUACCAACAGAGAGACUGACAAAAAGGAGAUCCAAGGGUCUUACUCGGGUUCGGGACUUGGCUUCACUAACCAGAAUGGCAGAGUGUGGAAUGCUACCAACUUACCAAGGCAACCAAGGGCAGUUGGAUUGUGAUAUGCAACAAGUUGGGAAUUCACAGAGGCGUCACACAUGUAUAGAAGCACUGGUAGCAGAGGUGCGUGAGACAUUGGCUCGAAAGAAACGGACUAAGAAGAGAAACUCUUUCUUCAAUUCAGCAUCCUCCAGUACUAAUGAAGCCCAAAAGCAGCAAAAGUUCAUCUCGUAUAACCACCACCAGUUCUCAACCAAGUCAUUGGGUUCUCUUCCAGAACUAACAUGGACACGAAUAAUCUCCAUUGAUGCACUGACUGAGCAAUUAGAGAAACUUGACAUCAACAAAGAAAGUGGCCACAUUGAUCACCAGGAGCAGAAUGCCCUUGUCCCUUACAGCAUGAGAUACCAAGAGCAGAAAGCACUUGUCAUUUAUAACAGAGAUGGCACAGUUGUACCAUUUCAUGGCUCAUUUGAGAUUCUAAAGAAGCGACGUCCACGGCCUAAGGUAGACCUUGAUGAAGAAACUAAUAGAGUAUGGAAGCUUCUAUUAGAAGAUAUCAACAGUAAAGGUAUUGAUGGAACAGAUGGGGAGAACAGAAAAUGGUGGGAAGAAGAACGGAGAGUGUUUCAUGGUCGUGUUGACUCAUUUAUAGCUCGCAUGCAUCUUGUGCAAGGGGACAGACGCUUCUCUAAAUGGAAAGGAUCCGUCGUGGACUCGGUGGUCGGAGUCUUUCUUACUCAGAAUGUUUCAGACCAUCUUUCUAGUUCCGCAUUUAUGUCACUUGCUGCACAAUUUCCACUCAAGUCAAAGAACCAGAAACCAUGUUAUGUAGAAGGAACUAGUUCAGUGAAUGAAGAGCCAGCAGUGUACAUACUGGAUACUGAAGACGCUGUAGAAUGGACUGGAAAGACAUCAAAUCAACCAGCUUGUGACCAGAGUUCCAUGACCUUCCACAAUACCGAGAUUAAUGAAGAGAAAGAGGUCAUCAGCAGUAAUGAAUCUUUUCGAAACAGCAGCACUGUCAACUCAAUAAAUAAGUCAAAAUGCCGGCUGUUGAAUUCUUGCGUAAGUGAUUCAGAAGCAUGCUAUGAUACAAUUCUGAACAGAUCAACCAUACAGAGCACUGGAACAGAGACAAUAUGUUCUGUAGGAUAUAGAAUAGCAGCCGAUCAUUUACUUUCAUCUCAAAGUUCGGUGGUUUCAUCUCAAAUUUCCAUGGAUUCUUCAAUUGCUGAAAAUGCUGAAAGAAGCAAAUCAAGCUUUGAUAAUAACUCGGAGGCAGCAGAUCUCACUCAUGGGUCUGCAGCCAACAGCUUUGAUGAAUGUUCUUUUGUGGAGCUUAUGCAGAUGGCAAAAUCUAAUAAGCUACCUAAAGUUUACAACCAUGGAGAUGUCAAUAUCUCAUCUGAUGAGAACUCAAAGCAUGAAACUGAUCAAUUCCAAACCGUGGCAAAUGGCAGCCCAAGACAAAAAGUGGAAGAUUUAGACAGUCCUAAAGACUUUUUAGGAGAAUCAAAUAUAUCACCCAGUACUUUCCAUCCAUAUUUUACCCAAGAUUCAGCAGUGGAAGUUGCAUGCUAUGACAUGUUUCGAGAAGAAACAGGAUCUUCUGGCAUAUCCAUGAAAAAUAAUAAAGACAGUGUGGUAGAACAACUUGCUGUUACAUCAGAAUUCACAAGUCAAACUACAGAUGCAACUAAGUUUAGAGUUCAAGAAGCACCAAGUUUUUCCAGUGAAACUAAGCAAGCAAGCAAUAGUAUGCAAGAAGGCAAGAAUUUAAGUGAAAAGCAUCAAAGUGAGCUAUCUAGAGAUUCCAGAGUUAUUGAAUUGCUGGCCAGAGGACAAAAGGAUGAAAUGCAACAUCAGAAUCUAUCAAACCUUUCAGGAGAAACCCAGGGCACUACAGAAAGCAACAAUGCAUGUGAUAACCGAGAAAAAAUCCAGCCAAAUACAUCAGUGUCCGACUUGAAUCAGCAUGGCUGUUUAUUUAGCAAAGAACUAAAUGAAAUUGAUGAUGAUGCUUCAAAAGCAAAAGGUAGAAAGAUUGCAAAAGAUAAAAAAAAGAACUUUGACUGGGAUAGUUUGAGGAGACAGGUGGAAGUGAAUGGAAGGAAAGAAAGACCAGAAAACAACAUGGAUUCAUUGGAUUGGGAAGCUGUAAGAUGCGCUGAUGUUAACGAGAUUGCCAAUACCAUCAAGGCACGGGGUAUGAACAACAUGCUUGCUGAACGAAUAAAGGAUUUCCUUAACCGAAUUGUUAGAGAACAUGGAAGCAUUGAUUUGGAGUGGCUGAGGGAUGUCCCACCUGACAAAGCAAAAGAGUAUCUGCUAAGCAUACGUGGACUGGGUUUGAAAAGUGUGGAGUGUGUGCGACUUCUUACACUUCACCACCUUGCAUUUCCAGUUGACACAAAUGUUGGGCGCAUAGCUGUAAGACUUGGAUGGGUUCCACUUCAGCCACUGCCUGAGUCACUGCAGUUGCAUCUUCUAGAACUGUAUCCAGUGCUGGAAUCCAUUCAAAAGUAUCUGUGGCCCCGAUUAUGCAAACUUGAUCAGCGGACUCUGUAUGAGCUACAUUACCAGAUGAUUACAUUUGGAAAGGUCUUCUGCACAAAAAGCAAACCAAACUGCAAUGCUUGCCCAAUGAGGGGAGAAUGCAGACAUUUCGCUAGUGCAUUUGCAAGCUCUAGGCUUGCACUGCCAGGGCCAGAGGAGAGAUCUAUAGUGACUAUAAAAGAAAAUAGAACUUCAGACCAAAACCCUGAAGUUCAAAUCAACAAAUUGCCCCUACCAUUACCCCAAGCAAUGGAACAACCCGAAGGAACCCAGCAAUCAGAAGCAAUAGUGGGAGCCAAUAACUGUGAACCUAUUAUUGAAGAACCAGCAACCCCAGAACCAGAAUGCCCACAAGUAACAGAAACUGACAUGGAGGAUACAUUCUGUGAGGACCCUGAUGAAAUUCCUACUAUCAAGCUUAACAUGGAAGAGUUCUCUCAGACCUUACAAAAUUUUGUUCAAGAAAAUAUGGAACUUCAAGAAGAUGACAUGUCCAAGGCUUUAGUUGCUUUAAAAGCAGAAGUUGCAUCUAUUCCUACACCCAAGCUUAAGAAUGUGAGUCAUCUACGAACAGAGCACCAAGUAUACGAACUUCCAGAUUCACACCCUCUAUUGGAAGGGUUGGAAAAACGAGAACCUGAUGAUCCAGGCAGAUAUCUCCUUGCCAUAUGGACACCAGGUGAAACGGUAAAUUCCAUUCAACCUCCUGCAUGGAUGUGCAAUUCCCAAGAACAUGGCGAAUUGUGUAAUGAGAAGACAUGUUUUUCUUGCAACAGUGUUCGGGAAUCACAGUCUCAUAUCGUUCGAGGGACACUGUUGAUACCAUGUCGAACAGCCAUGAGAGGCAGCUUUCCCCUCAAUGGCACAUACUUCCAAGUGAAUGAGGUAUUUGCAGACCAUGAUUCUAGUCUGAACCCAAUUAAUGUUCCUAGGGAGUGGAUAUGGAACCUACCACGAAGGACUGUGUAUUUUGGAACCUCCAUACCUACAAUAUUUAAAGGUUUAACAACAGAAGGUAUCCAACACUGCUUCUGGAGAGGAUUUGUUUGUGUGCGAGGAUUUGACCAAAAAACACGAGCACCCCGGCCUCUGAUAGCUAGACUGCACUUCCCAGCAAGCAAGUUGAACAAGACAAAAGGUAAUGGAGAUAUAGGUGAUAAGUAGCGCAAGACAGGCGUUAAACCAGAUGCAGGUGAUAAGUAGACAACCAUGAUAUUGCAUAAAAAUUCACGACUGAGACCAGAUCCAGAAUGCCGUUAUGGCAAUGUAUGGAGAACAAGACUAACAGCUAUUCGCUCACCAUUAAAAAUCUUGUUUUCUGACCCUAUGAUGUUUGUAGCGUGUACAUGUUUAAGAAGAGUUUGUAAUUGUCUAAUUCCAGGCUCAAAUUGGAGCCCAUUCUUCA